AUGAGUUACGAGAAAGUCCUCAUCAAAGAUUCAUCGGGCAAAGUCGUGCACACUAUUUCAGAACCCUAUGGUGAAGCGAUUUUUGGAAGAGAUCCGAAAAGAUCACAAAUUGUAUUUGCACCAAAUGCCAGGGGAGUUUCAAGACUUCAUGCUGUAAUUCUUUGGGGCGAAGACUUCGUGCAAAUCACUGAUUCGAGUUCACAUGGAACAAUUGUAAAUGACAAGAAGAUUGUGGGCGACUCAAUGAAACUGGAAACCGGUGAGAAUUUGCUGAAAGUUGGAGAAUCUGAUUAUUCUGUGAUUGUCGAGGAAAAGAAGAAGAAGAAAUCAUUUGAAGAAACAACACAAAUCACAUCAUUUUUCGCACAACCUUCAAGAAAACGAAAACCCGAAAGUCCCGUGGUUUUGGAUUUGGAAUCGCAAGUUAUUCGGGGUCCGGCGAGGAAGAAAAAUGUACAGCAGCAGAGGAAAUUUGAGAAGGCCGUAGAAGUCGAGGAAAAUUUGGAAGUAAUUGAAAUUCAAGAAAAAUCGAUUAGGAAGUUUCCAAGAGUUCAGGAAGAUGUUGAAAAAUCACCAGAACUCCAAGAAAAAUCAUUCAGAAGAUUCCCAAAGCCUGCUGAAACCACAAGAGUCGCCGAAACUCAAGAAAAAUCGAUUAGAAAAUUUCGCAGAGUUCAGGAAGAUGUUGAAAAAUCAGAAGAUCGCGAAAAAUCAUUCAGAAGCUUCCCAAAGCCUGCUGAAACCACAAGAGUCGCCGAAACUCAAGAAAAAUCGUUUAGAAAAUUUCCAAAAGCCUCAGAAGUUCAGGAACCUUAUGGAAUACAAGAAGACCUCGAAAUAUCAAUCAGAAGCUUCCCAAAGCCUGCUGAAACUCAAGUAAAAUCGACUAGGAAGUUCCCAAGAGCUUCAGAAGUUCAGGAACCUUAUGGAAUACAAGAAGACCUCGAAAUAUCAACCACAAGAUUCCCAAAGACUGCUGAAAAAUCGACUAGGAAGUUCCCAAGAGCUUCAGAAGUUCAUGAACUUGCUGAAAAUUCAGAAGACCUUGUAACAUCAGUCAGAAUAUUCCCAAGAUCUCCAGAAGCCCAGAAAGAAGCCGAAAAUCCAGAAAAAUCAUCCAGAAUAUUCCCGAGAUCUUCAAAAUCUGAAACUCCAUCACGAAAACGAGAAAUCCCCGUAGAAUCUGAAAAUCCACCCAAAAAAUCGAAAAUUGAAGAAACAAUCAUUAAAAAAGAGGAAAUGUAGGUUAUCUUCAAUUUUUUUGUGAAAAAAAACUUAAAUCUGGAAAUUUUCAGAUCACCUGUGAAUAAUCGAACAUUCAAAAAAUCGACAGCCUCAAAUCUCACAUUUUUCACCAAUUUGAUCUAUGAGAAUCGUGAAAAACCCGAAAAAUCAAUCAAUAAUUCGACGACGGCCGCGGGAAAAGUGAAUUUCAAGAGAUUUAAGGUUAGUGAGAUUUUUCAAGCUGAAAAUCCGUAAGAAAUUUCUUUUUUUCAGCCAAAAAAUGCGAACAACAUAACAACAAUUCAUCGUCCAACAGUUCCUAUAAAAUUGGUCGAUUUUCGAAAAUUGAAAAUCUGA